AUGGAGCAUCCCCCUGCUGCCGACUCCUCCUCCUCUUCCUCCUCUGCGCUCAGCCUCCUCGGCCGCUCCUCCAACACGUGGGCCCCACGCUUUGCUGGCCACCAGACGUGGCGACAGCGCGCUGACUCGUUCCGAGCUGGCAGGGCUGACUGGCCGCCAGAGGCGCAGGUGCACUGCGGCUUUGUGCAGUCGCCACCCGGCUGGCCGGGGACGGGGUUUGACAUCUCCAAGGCGGAUCAGAUGUACUUGGAGCAGUGCCGCAUUGCGGUCGUCUCGGCUAUCUUUGCAGACUGGGACCACCUCAGGCUGCCUCAGCGCUCCAAGAUCUCCGUGACAGCCAAGCGCAAGGCGUGUUUUGUGAUAUUCGUGGACGAGCAGACAGUGAGGGGGCUGUACAGGGACAACCUCAUUCCUGAUGCCAACGGCAAGGUGGGGCUGUGGCGCGUGGUGGUGGUGGCCCACCCGCCCUACUCGGACGCGCGGCGCACAGGGAAAAUACCCAAGCUGCUGACACACCGCCUCUUUCCCAACGCCAAGUAUUCCAUGUGGAUUGACAGCAAGCUGCGGCUCUUUGUGGAUCCGCUAGCCAUCCUGGAGCGGUUUUUGUGGCGGGGAGGGUUUGAAUAUGCCAUUUCCAACCACUACGACCGGCACUGCGUGUGGGAAGAGGUGGAGCGCAACAAGAAGCUGGGCAAGUACAACGCGACGGUCAUUGACGAGCAGUUUGAGGCAUACAAGGCAGAUGGGCUCACCAUGUUCAACCCCUCUGACCCCAACAACCUGCUCAUCAGCAAUGUGCCAGAGAGGGGGGGUGAUCAUAUGGACGCACAAUCAAGCUUCUCAAUCCCUCAUCUGAUCCCCACCUCCUUGCUCUACCACUCCCCUGUGCUCCCUUGCUCCUCUCAGACGUGCCAGAGGGGUCAGUGA